AUGUUGCUGCUACUUGUAGGCAUCGCCCGAGCAGCCAUUCCCAACGCUAGGCUUCGUGGGAUGCCUUCUCUCCACAAACUUCCAGUGCCGGAACGUUAUUUCACUUCGUCGAAUGAUGCAACACUCCCAAAUAUUUCGACCGUCUAUCACUUCGACCAGCUCAUCGACCACAACAAUCCUGGCCUGGGAACAUUCAAGCAGCGAUACUGGAUGGACUGGGAGUUUUAUGAGUCUGGCGGUCCCAUUAUAUUGAUGACGCCUGGAGAAGUGAACGGAGACGACUACGCAGGCUACACUACCAAUGACACCAUUAAUGGUCUCAUCGCCCAACAACAAAACGGUGCCGCCGUCCUUAUAGAACACCGUUUCUUUGGUUUUUCCAAUCCAUACGACAACCUCACGUCACAAUCUCUAGCUCUCCUCACCGUCCAGCAAGCUAUCGACGAUCUCGUGUAUUUCGCCACCACCGCUGACCUUCCAAUGCCUGGGGGUGAUGCCGUGAAACCAAGUCAGGCACCAUGGAUAUUGGUCGGAGGAAGCUACUCAGGAGCCCUUGCCAGUUAUACGAUGGUCAACAAACCGGGAAUUUUCUGGGCUGGAUAUAUAUCUUCUGGUACUGUGCAAACGAUCACUGACUAUUAUGAUUAUUUCACACCUAUUCGCGAGUACAUGCCACAGAACUGUUCUUCCGAUGUACAGAAAGUGAUCGCCUACCUGGAUGGAAUGUACGCGGCUAACGACAUAGCUGGAAUCAAGACGCUCCAGGAGGCAUUUGGCCUCGGCAGCCUUGAGCACGUUGACGAUUUCGCCAGCGCACUUCAAGACAACUUUUGGGAUUGGCAAGGUCUGUCACCUGAUUCCGGCCCAAACACAAUGUUCUAUCAGUUCUGCGAUGCACUCGAGGUCAAGGACGGUAUCAAUGCCGGACCUGACGGGUGGGGACUUGAUAAUGCUGUCAACUCUUGGGGAAAAUUUUGGAAUACUACAUAUUACGAGUAUAGUACGAUCGUCCCCAGAGAUUGUUUGGAGACGUAUAAUCCGACUGACAUCUACUGGACUAAUAUUACUGUGGAUAAUGCCUUCAGAUCAUGGUCUUGGAUGGUGUGCAACCAAAUCGGUUUCUACCAGGUUGGGCCUCCUGAAGGCCAACCCGCGAUCGUCAGCAGAAUCCUUCAACCCAUUUACGACGAGCGUCAAUGUGUCUACAUGUUCCCUGAAGUAUUCGCUUAUCCGCCUCAACCUGCCACAGCAGAGACGAACGCAAUGUACGCUGGCUGGAAUGUGGAUGUCCCACGUCUGUUCUUCGCCAACGGCCUGCGCGACCCUUGGCGCGGGGGAACUGUCUCUGCUGAUGGGCUGAAUAAGCCCAACACUACCCGCAUGCCGAUCUAUAUGAGCGAUGGAUUCCAUACCUCGGAUAUGGUGGCGGAUAAUGGUAUUGUAGACCCGACUAUUAGGGUCGUGCAGGAAGCAGCAUUAAGGUACAUGAAGGAGUGGCUUGCUGAGUGGACACCAGGGCAUUCAUGA